GAAGUCGCGCGCCCCCGAUUGUUUAUUCUCCUCCACUGCUAGACUAAGCUGUCAUGUUACACCACACGGAUAUGAGGUUUAUCCACCGUAUGCGUUUCUGCUAGCGUGCACGGACCGUCAGACUCUGAGGACGACCCACUUUUUCUUUCCACCUACUUCAGGAUUCAAAAACUUUCCUGUCGUUAAAGGAAGCGAACGAAUAUACGGGUUCCGGUGGGCGCCGAACUGCCUUUUCUCCCCCGUUGCUUCUUCUUUUUUUAUCGGAUUCAUCCUGGGCUUCUGUGUUUUGCGAAUAUGUUAGAAAUGUCCGGCUUUUUAAAUCUCCUUAAUUUUAACAACCAACAAUGUUCACGAACAGUUCGUCGAUUUGGUAGCGUGUUGCUAUGUGAAAAGCAGGUCUCGAGCUCCGGAUAGCCUCUGUUGUUCUGUGUCGCGCGCGACGCUGGUUUAAAAACAAACGUUUAAAUAAUAACGUAAUUAACGGUCAGUCGAGAUCUUCGCGAGAGCGUUUAGUCGCCAUUUUAUUUGGGUUGUUUUUUUUUUUUGGUCACGGAAACGUACAGUUGUAGCGCUAGUACUUUCUUUCAACUUUCGCUUUGUUUUUGGUUAAGCUUAAGCGACUUAUUAAAGUUAAUUACUGGUUUUCUUUUGGAUGAAAAGUGACACCAAACCUCCGUUUCAAAGCACACAGAGUGAGAGGGGGAGAAGAAGGAAAAAAACUGCAAAGCUAGCAGAAAAAGGAGGCAUCAGAAUCACGGAAAUCGCUUUGCCCCCUCCUCUCUUACGCUGUUAAAUGGAUUUCAUAAAGGCAACCCGUUUACUCCUGCACCUUUUGGACUAACUAAAGCUAGAGAUUCGCCGAUUCGAGUGAAUUUCUCCCAUCUAUUUGCAGGUUUCCUCAGAGCGACGAUGAAACGACGCCGGAGGCUUCUCGUUGUUUUUCUGAAGUCUUCAGAGAAAUCCCAUCACUGUCGCACCAUCAUAUGACAGCGAGGUCUGCGUUUAAAAACAAUUCUAAACUUUCUAACACCUGGGAGCUUUUUACACAAUGGCAGCACCAGUUUCUCCCCCGACGGACAUGGAGUAAUGGAGGCUGGACUUUCCAUCUCAGUGGCAUCACCGAAAUACUCUUCUUCUUAGACUUAUUUACACAAAUAGUUCGUCCUGCGCAUGCGCGAAGAGAGGUCACGUGUUCGAGUUUCAGGAGGUUAUGUAGCUUGCUGCCAUCUGAAGCACAGAUACGAGGGUUUUGAAUUUCAACUUCAGUGUAAAGUGGAAAACAAAGGGAAGAAAAACAACCCAUCAGAUUGAUCUACUGCAUUUGGAGCUGUUAAUGGGUGGUGUCAAAGGACCAAGUGUGUGACGACUCCAUAUCUGAAUCCAGAAGAGGACACACACACACGCACACACAAAAACACCGCAAAAAUGAAUGAGAGACAGGCUCUCCAUUCCAUAAUGAAGGACCUGGUGGCGCUGCAGAUGACCAGGCGGCAGCCCAUGCCAGCUUACGACAUGGCCAAAGCCAAGCCUGCUAACACUGCUAGCACGGCUAACAGACAGGACGACGUCAGAAUCAAGUUCGAGUUCUGCGGAGAGAGAAGGAUACUGAUGUUCAGUCGGCCUGUGCAGUUUGAGGAAGUCCAGAAAAAGGUCAAGACUGUCUUUGGGCAGCAACUCGACCUGCACUAUAUGAACAAUGAGAUGUCAAUCCCUCUGCACGGCCAGGACGACUUGGACAAGGCUAUUGACCUGCUGGACCGCAGCUCUAACAUGAAGAGCAUAAAGAUCCUGCUGCUAACAGAAGAACAUAGCAAUGUCUCAAACAUGACUCAUCCCUCCGGGGGCAAGCAAGUACGAAUCAAAGCCUCGCAGUCCAUGGGGGAUGUGAGCACGGCUUAUCAGUCCUCUGAGCCCAGGGGACGCCACCCAUCCACCAGUUCUCAGAACACUGGGCGGAGCUCUCCGCCUCCCGGCUACGUUCCGGAGCGGCAGCAGCGAAUCGCUCGCCAGGGAUCCUACACCAGCAUUAACAGUGAGGGAGAGUUUAUACCCGAGACCAGCGACCAGUGUGUGCUGGAUCCUUGGAGCAGUGCGGAAAAUUCCAUAUCCGGGAGCUGCCAGUCACUCGACAGCAACUCAGAAAGCCCCUCACUUCGGAAGUCCCGCAUGCACAGAGCCAGAAGUUAUCCUGAUAACAGGCAGGAUUGUGCAGACAGGGAGAAUCACGUGUAUGAUAAGAUUAUAGCUAAAGGAGGGACGUACCCACGGAGAUACCCGGUCUCUCCGCAUCACAAAGACCUCAGUGAGGGUCGGCGCACGUUUCCACGGAUACGACGUCCCCAGGGUAACCUGUUCACACUGGUGCCGUCGCGUCGUUCCCUAAACGGCAGCGAGGAGAGCCUCGGAAGCUGGCAGCUGGUCGACACGCACUCCCGGCUCCGCCCCAAAGACCGCCCACUGCCUCACAAGUCCCCCACAGCUCCUGUGACAUGGCGGAGAGGGAAACUGCUGGGCCAAGGUGCAUUCGGCCGUGUUUAUCUCUGCUACGACGUGGACACUGGACGGGAACUGGCAGCUAAACAGGUCCAGUUUGAUCCAGCAAGCCCGGAGACCAGCAAGGAGGUCAGCACUCUGGAGUGCGAGAUUCAGCUACUGAAAAACCUGCAUCACGAGCGCAUCGUGCAGUACUACGGCUGCCUCCGAGACCACAACGAGAAGACUCUGACCAUCUUCAUGGAGUACAUGCCCGGGGGCUCGGUGAAAGACCAGCUGAAGGCCUACGGGGCGCUAACGGAGAACGUGACCCGGAAGUACACCAGGCAGAUCCUGGAGGGCAUGUCCUACCUGCACAGCAACAUGAUCGUCCACAGGGACAUUAAAGGUGCCAACAUCCUGCGGGAUUCUGUAGGGAACGUGAAACUCGGAGACUUCGGCGCCAGCAAGCGCCUGCAGACCAUCUGCAUGUCCGGUACUGGAGUGCGCUCGGUCACCGGGACGCCGUAUUGGAUGAGUCCGGAGGUGAUCAGCGGAGACGGUUAUGGACGCAAAGCGGACGUGUGGAGUCUUGGCUGCACCGUGGUGGAAAUGCUGACUGAGAAGCCCCCUUGGGCCGAAUACGAGGCCAUGGCAGCCAUCUUUAAAAUAGCUACUCAGCCCACCAACCCCGUUCUGCCGUCGCACAUCUCAGAGCAGACCAAAGACUUCGUCCGGCGCAUCUUCGUCGAGGCCAAACACAGGCCGAGCGCAGAAGAGCUGCUCAGACACCCUUUCUCACAGAUCUUCUGCUGAGCGAGCUGCAGAAUUAAAGCCCUCGACCCCGGACGCCUGGACCUGGAAACCCUCGAAAGCUGUAUUUAUGACAUGUAGCUCAAUCAGUGAGCACAAAACAGACCAACACGCAGCUGGGCAUCGUCCAGUCAAGAGCGGUUAGAUUUAGGUCUUUCAUUUGUCCAUUAAUGGUAUUGUUGCAUUGCAGUGUGUGUACCAGCAGGGGGCAGCACAAGACAGCCGAGUGCCGUUGCAAGCGCCGACCGAGUUAAGAUCAUCUACCUGAACUCAGUACAAGGGCUGCGCAAUAUGAAUAAAAUAGCAUACUGUGAUUCCGUUAAGUACAUUAAUAACAAACUGCCGAACUUGUGACUAGAUUAAUUAGACCACAGUAAUUCAUCAUAUCAGUAUCAUGAGAUCUCUAAGAUCUGUCAGGCUUCUGUGAUGGCAGUAUUGUGAUAAUGAUUAGUAGACGACGUAUUGUGCAGCCCUACCGAAGCCGAGCUGCGAGACCUUCACAGGUUAGUGCAGUUCACCGAUCCGCCGGUCGCAUGGUUCACAGUUGGUUCUUUGGCUUGUCUUGUUGCGUACCUGUUCUUCUGAGGAUUCAUACGAGGAUCCACGAAGCCGAGGAUCCAUUAGCUCUUCGGGUCAGUCACGUUAGCAUCGUGCUAGUUGUCGGAGAGGUAGAGCUACAGGCGGUGUUUCAGUCAUUACAGGCUUUCCUUUCACUCACAGUCCAACUAAAUGCUCUGGGUUACAGGGUGCGUAGAUGCCUGAUGCUUUCCUCUUACUCUCCUGACAGUUCAUACACUUUUUAAGGCAACACCCUUACUGUAACUGUAACGCUGCUGUGAGGAAAUUCAGUCGGCUGUAAAACCUCGCCGUUUGAGACGCAGCGGUCAGACUUUCCGAGGAUGUUUGCGACCGUGCAGAGUUUCGGAAACAACGGUUGGGAACCUUUGCGAUAGAUAACAUGAUAGCUAGCUAGCAUCAAAUAAAGAGCUGAGUUAGUUAAACUAGGUUGCUUACCUAUUAGCUAAUAUACAUUCUGGACUAUAAGAUGCACUAGUUUGCCUUUUACUUCAAUAUAUAUGGAAUAUAUUUUAUACUAUACUGUAUUAUAUAUUAGCCUAUUGUUGUCUGCUUGAUUUGUAUACAUACACACACACAGCUAUAUAUAUAUAUAUAUAUUAUAUAUAUAUAUAGCUGAAAGAUGUACAGCUGUGUAUGUGAAACAUCUACAUACCAGCACCACAAGGCCACACUACAGAUAACCUAUCGAUAAAACUGCAUGAUAUAUUAAUGUUCAGUUUCUAGAACUAGGAGGUGUGUAUACAGAUUUUCUGUCUAAAGGUGUUUUUAUGGGGUGGUGCAUUUACAGUCCAGAAUAUAUGGUAGCUGAUGAGGGGUGUAAUAAGAAACCGAACGAAGAAAUCAAAAUAGGCUUGUGCGAUAUGGCGAUUUAAUCGUCUCUACACGAUAGAACACCUCCACGACGUCCAGUGACGUUUAUUCCGAUGAUACUACAAGGCCCGCCAUCCUUUUACGUAUUUUUACGUAGAAGCGCCUCAAUUAAACAUCGGAGUACGCUGUUACGAGUUCUCAUCCCAAAAAUGCACCAAAGGAGUAAUAAAUAAAACGACAGACGCGUCAAGUGAAAUAUUAAUCUGCCACGAUCGCCUCUGCCACCAAGCAGUUCCUGACUACACUGCUGAUAAUACUAUUACGCCCCUCCUCUCGUCCCUGUAAAACUGAAAUGGUGGACAUGCUCGUUUUCCUGUCUUGAUCGGAUUUUUCUACAGUCACAUACAGGGUUUCGGUUCCUUUUACAGUUGUCGACGUUGCCUCAGAUUGCUAGCAUGGUAUCAUGCCUUUUACAUAUUAAAAUGUAUCUGCGUAAUGGUUAGAGCUGGUGUUUGCUCUUCUAUAUGCUAAAUAAGCCAAAGAACAUGCAAUACACAUUUGCCAGCUUUCACCUUGGUUUGUUUGGCAGUGGUGUUAAAAGCACCUUUUAUUAUAAGCCCAGGUGAAUAAGAUUGUGCCUUAAGCUCGGUGCGGAAGUGUUUAUUUCUUAAUCUGAUGCACUUUUGUAGAAAUGAAUGUUUGUUGUAUUCACCACAUUUUCAUGUUUGUUUCGUUUUUUUAUCGGCCAAAGUUUGAAUAAUGUGAAAUCUGUUUCACUUUAAUUUAUAUCCCAGUGUCUUUUUUUUUUUUUUUUUUUUUUGGUUCAUACACAAAUAUUCUGUAUGUAUAAAUAUAUUUUUAUAUCAAUUUUUAUAUAUGGAGAUAGAUGGAUGUCUUUUGGAAUACGAAACAUGAGACGAGACGGGUGUUCGAAACCCAAAACAAAGAGAAACUAUGUUAGCAGCUGGUUUUGCAAAGACAUUUCUGAGUGGAAAAGGCGCUCUGGUUGUUCAACCCAAGCAGAAAGGCUGAGUGUAUGUGUGUCUUAGUGUGUGUGUGUGUGUGUGUGUGUGUGUGUGUGUGUGUGUGGCCCUGGGGGAGAGACUGAUCAUGAGAUCAUGAUUCUGACUUGCAGAUGGGAGUUAUAAUUGGCACACACACACACACACACACACACACAUGCACAAACAGUGCCUUUAAUAGAUAACUUGCACAGAAGGUGAUUGCACCUGUUGGAUAAUUUAGGAAGUCGAGAAGCAGACAGAAGAGAGUGAGAGAUUUGAUCGGUUUUAGAAAGCGAGGCGCCUUUUGAUCACGUCCUUAGUAUUAUCAGGUUCUAUCUGAGAGAUUUUGAUACAUCUCUUUGACUUAAUCUCAUUAGAGGUCGACCGAUAUUGGAUUUUACAGAUACCGAUAGCUAAGUUGUGCAGUACCUGCUGAUGACCGUUUAAUCAACCGAUAGUUUUCAAAACGGAUACCGAAUGAAAACAUAACACUCAAAGUAAAAUAUUGCUGAACUUUAUUAGAAAAAUAAACAGUACUGACCCUACAAUGAAAAUGUACUACUUAAAAAUAUAAAACAAAUAUGUAAAUAUGAAUAUAUUAACUAUUAAUAUUAAUAGAUAAAAUAUGUAGAUCCAGACUGAACCAAAAAGUAACGCUCCAAAUAGCAAAUCAAAAUAGAGACAUCCCAAGUGAUUAAAAACAAACAAACAAACAAAAAAAAACACUUCAAAUAUCACAACAAAAUUUGUCAGUGAUAGUUUUUAUUUCGCCUCUAGAGGCCGCUCUCGUACUGUAUAACGACAGCGGACCGUUCUCAGCCGCUCCCGCAGCGGACGCAACUGAGAAAAACUAUCGGUGUGGAUUUUUGACCUCUAAAUCUCAUUAGAUAAUUGUUAAAUGCAAACAAACUCGGUAGGCAAAGACAUUUUGAGUUUAUUAAGGUAUGACAUCACAUUCGUGUGGAUUUUCCCUUCAUUUUCUCCCUAAUUUGCUCACUUUCCAAUUCCCUUCCACCAACCACCUCUCCCCUGAGUGCUUCCUCUAGUAAAUGUGAAGCCACAUUCACAACCGCAUCUUCUCGAACUUCUACUUCAUAGAAGCAGGCAGAGUCGCACACUCAGUGGAAACCGCUAUGGCUACGAUUGGCUAGUAUCACUGUGACUGAUACCAUGUCGUCCCUCCUACCCAGAGAGCCCAAUUGUGUUCUCUUGGCUCCCAGCUCCCAUGGAUGACUGUACCAUCAGUGAGAUCCGUACUCGUGAUCUCCGGACGAUACGGCGAACGCGUUUCUCUUGCUCCGGGCAAACACAUCUACUAGCCAAGUUUCAGUCCUGGUUACACUGGAAAUUUAUUAUGCACAUUGCUUGUAUCUAAUCACAGUAAUUUUUCAUCCUAAUGUUAUGAGAUGUUAACCAGUAUAUUAGCUUUUUUCUGCGCUGAAGACGUUCUAACAUCCCAGAACAGUUAUAUACUGUAAAAGCAGCAAGUACAGUAAUGUACUGUUCCUGAUUUGUACACUUAAGUUGUAUUACUCAUUCCCUCCAGGAUUUUGCCAUCGCAGAAAUUAACGCAAAAUCAAGCAAACUUUGCAAUAUUCGGAGGAGCUUGCAAUUUUAAAAAAAAUCACUGCAGAUUUUCGCCAGAUUUGGCACAAGAUGUGACAUCAUCACAGCAAGCGUUCAGCCAAAGCUCUGUUUGAUUCACGAGCGUUGAUCACGAGUACAGCUAAAAGGUCUCAUUUACAAGCAAACAUCGCUGCGAAUGACAAUUUCUUGCAAUUGCAAUUUUGCCAAUUUAAGUUGUUUUCCGCAAAAUAAAGCACAAAAAACGCUCCAAAUUGCAAAAAAAAAAUUUUUUUUAAAUGACGCAGCACAAUCAAGCCUUGACUCAUGGAGUAAUUGUAUAACCUCCUCCAUCCUCAACUGCUUAUCCGUUAUCGGGUCGCGGGGGCAGCAGCUCUAGCAGGGGACCCCAAACUUCCCUUUCCUGAGCCUCAUUAACCAGCUCUGACUGGGGGAUCCCGAGGCGUUCCCAGGCCAGUGUGGAGAUAUAAUCUCUCCACCUGGUCCUGGGUCUUCCCCGAGGUCUCCUCCCAGCUGGACGUGCCUGGAACACCUCCCUAGGGAGGCGCCCAGGGGGCAUCCUUACCAGGUGCCCGAACCACCUCAACUGGCUCUUUUCAACGCAAAGGAGCAGCAGCUCUACUCUGAGUUCCUCUCGGAUAACCGAGCUUCUCACCCUAUCUCUAAGGGAGAGACCAGCCACCCUCCUGAGAAAACCCAUUUCGGCCGCUUGUACCCGCGAUCUUUUCGUCACAACGGUGCAGUGAAGCGAUUGCAAUACCACUCCCACUGCUCCGAUUGUAGAACAUAUCCAGCUAAAAAUUGACUUUCUCCAUUGUGUGUAGAACAUGGAUAUUGGUUGGUCAAAGCAGUCUAUGUUCAUCCUGAAUGAUGAUUGGCUGGCAGACAGACAGAACCUUGUAAUACUGAGGUCACGAAACUGUAACGACGUGAACGUGAAAGAUGAACGUGUUGCGACACGGGUGGACGCCAGAGCGCCAGGUUUUCCUCUCAGCUCGACGGCUUUGUUUAGCUCAGGGUUCGAGUGACACGUGCCCAUCACAGGGGCACACAAAUUGUCUGACCAAUCCCUGUCAGUGUUUCGAUCUCCUUCAAUCAGGAUGGCUGCUAUUUUGUUUUUGGCAGCUAGCUAUCAGUAUUUUAAAAAGUCUAUUCAUCAAAGAAUUUCAGUGUUUUAUUUGCUCGUGUUGUGAAUUGUGAGAACCCUGAGGUAAGCAAAAGACUAUGAAGCAAUAGUUGAAUUAUAUAUGAUGAUGUAUCAUGACAUAGGACUUGCAGUGCAAAGUCUAAUGUAUCAAAGUCAUUUACAAUAAAAAGAACUGUAUGCUCUCAAA